CGCCGAUCGGAGCGGACGUCUACACGCCGCCAUUUUGUUUCUUACGAUUCGUAUUAUAACUAUAGUGAUUUUCUGUGUAUUGUGUUAUAUGUAGGCAUUAGUGAGGACCUUUAACAAUCGCCAAACCAAAAUAAAAUGAAUAACCAAAAUGGAAAUAAAAUUGCAAAAAUGUAACAAGAAAACAAUAGAUUAAAAUUUAAAAAAACUAUAUGUACCAGAGACACUAACCGCUACUGAUACAAAUAAACAUAACAACACUAUGGCAUCAUCAAACGGCAAAGACAGUGCAAAAAUGACAGCAUCUAUAGACAGUCUCAAACUUUCAAGUAAAAACACAUCGGUAUGUUCAUCGAAGCAUGCCUCUUCAGAAUCAGUGCUGUCUAGAAAAGAGAAAGAGUGUCUGCAAAUGCAGGAGUGCAAGAAGAAACUGCUGGCUAUGGAGCCGCAGAUAAUAAUACGAGACGAGAAUGUGGUGUUGAGGUCUCCGCCCCAGAAGAAGAUCCUGAUGCCGCCAACGGUCAAUCCUGAGGAACUAGCAGCGGCCACACCGACCCAGCGCAAUUGGCGCGGGAUCCUGAUCGCCCUGCUUGUGAUCGCCGCAGUCCUAGGACUCAUCGUGUUCAGCAUAGCACUUCUUACCCCGGCGGGCGACGGCGGCCGACUGAGGGGCAAGCGGCCUACGCUGAGGGACGUCACCACGCACCACUACAAACCGUUCAAUGGCACGUGGUUAUCAGACGAAGAGCUAGUCUUCAGAGACCGCUGGGGCGGCCUCACACUGUUCAAUGUGAAGAAUUUGACCACCAGAAUACUAAUGAACAACUCCACAUUCAGAGAGCUCAAUGCGGUGGACUUCAAGGUCUCAUUCGACAUGAAGUUCGUUCUCCUGAUAUCUGACGUGAGACCGGGCUGGAGGCACGCGAGACUGGCUCGGUACCACGUCUACGAUGUUAACAACAGGAACAAGAUCCCUAUCUCCCCAGUGGAAGACGACCGGAGCGCCCCUCUGCUCCAAUACGCGGAGUGGGCGCCGACUCCUGGAGGUGGACUGGUCUUUAUUCACGACAACGACAUCUACUACAAGCCUAAGGUGCUGAAGACCUUGGUCUGUCGGAUCACGAAGAAUGGUGUUCCCGGCGUGAUCUUCAACGGCAUGCCGGACUUUCUGUACGAGACCCAAGUCCUGAGGUUGGACCGCGCCAUGUGGUUCAGCCCGGAUGGCCAGACCCUCAUGUUCAUCAGCUACAAUGACAGCCAGGUUCAACAACACAAGUACCCGUGGUACGGGCUAGAUCAACAGGAACCGCCUGCUUAUCCUAGUAUACGGACCUUGAGGUACCCCAAGGUCAACACUAACAAUCCAGUAGUGACCGUCAACGUGGUCAGUCUGAAGACUCCGAAGUACCUCUUCCCUCAUCCGAUACAGUUUUCAUCGCAAGUCGACAAGACGUGGUACGUCCGCUGGACCACUUGGAUCUCUGAGAAGCAGAUUGCAGUUCUUCUCCUCAAUAGACCUCAGAACUAUUCCAUCGUCAGCAUCUGUAGCACACAGUCAUUCAAUUGUCAAGAUAUAUACCGCGACGAAACCGACGGCAGCCGCUGGUCGGGGCUGGGCGCGGAGCCCACGGCGGAGGAGUGCGGUUGGUGCGGCGGCGCGGCGUUGGCGGCCGGCCGCGCCGCGUUGUUCUCCACGGCGCCCGUGCGCGACGCGCGCGCCGUGUGGCGGCACGCGGUCAGGCUCUCGCAGGAUACCAUGACGCCGCUGACGCAGGGCAAUUAUGAGCUGACGCAGCUACUCGGCUUCGAUGAAAGGCGGCAGCUGCUAUACGCGAUAGGAACGGCGCCGGAGAAGCCCGGGGAGCGUCACCUGUACCGCGUGGCGGUGUCGGGCGAGCCCGGCGCGCGCUGCCUCACCUGCCCGGGCGCUGACGUUCUCCCCGCGGAGACCACCCUGGAGCCCACUACUGAGAAUGCGGAGGGUGAGAACUCCACAUCGCCCCAACCCCCUUGGCCGACGUCGACGGUGCUGCCCCACGUGGCGGACGAGAACGACUCUCUGCCUACCCUCUGUUUGUACAACAGGAUCACCUUCAGCAAGAACUACUCUUACUACGUACAGGAGUGCCUCGGGCCGGAGCCGCCCGCGUUCCUGGUGGUGUCGGCGGCGGGCGCGCGCCGCGCCGUGCUGUGGGACGGCGCGCCGCUGCGGCAGAAGUUCGCGGCGCUUGCGCAGCCUCAGGCCAAAGUCUUCAGAGUCGAGGUUCAAACUAACCGCGAAGCCAGGGUUCGACUUCUUCUGCCCCCAGGGUUUAGAGAAACGGAUGAUUUGCCGCUGCCGCUGGUACUGCACGUGUCAGCGGAGCCAGGCGGGCAACUGGUGACCGAGAAGUGGUGGCCGAGCUGGGGCUGGUACCUCGCGGCCGCCAGGAACUUCAUCGUGGCGGAGAUCGACGCCCGGGGGAGCGGGGGACAGGGAGAAGAACUGAGAACAGAAAUCUACAAUAAACUGCUGACAGUGGACGUGGAAGACCAAAUAGCUGUUUUAUCCUACCUGCGCGACAACCUGAAGAUGGUGGACGGCGCGCGCGUGUGCGCGUGGGGGCGCGGCUACGGCGCGGGCGCGGCGGCGGCGCUGGCGGCCGGCGACGCGCGCAACGUCACGCGCUGCCUGGCCGCCGUCGCGCCGCUCACCGACCUCGCGCACCACAAUUCGUACUGGACGGAGCGGUACAGCGGCUAUGGUUCCUGGGCCGGGGCGCUCGGCGCGAGCGCAGUGUGGAGGCGCGCCGGCAACCUGCCGCCCCGGAGGCUGUUCGUGGCGCACGCCACGGCCGACCUCGCUGCGCCGGCGCAUCACGCGCUGGCUUUAGCAAGAGCGUUGAUCAGAGCUGGGGCUGUGUACACGCAUCAGGUAUACCCAGACGAGGGCCAUGAUUUUGAACGUUCAUCACUUCACCUCUACAAAUCUAUGGAGCAGUUCUUCGACGAGUGCUUUGGACCAGUGGAAGUAGCGGAUUGGGACUCCGGGGGGGUCGGGGGUCUGUUCCCGUUCAGGGACUAGUAUUUUGCAUAGGGGCCCCACCCCGACGACGUUUGACAAGUCAGGAUUCCGCUGGCUUAUUUAUAGCGUUGCCAAACUAUCGAUAUAAAUUGACAUUAACAAUAUCGAUAUUACAGUCGAUAUAGCUAUGUUUGGUACAAAAGUAUCAAAAGCUACUG